AUGCAGCCAUUCCAACUUACCGCCACCGGCUACAAUAUCAACUAUCUGCCACAGUACAUUGCUCAUCGGCACGGAUUCUUCCGUGAGCAGGGACUGGACGUGAACACAACGAUUCCCACCCCCUGGGAUGGCGUCCUCGAUGCUCUGGCCGAUGGUUCUGCCGACAUGGCCCUCGGUGGACUGUGGGUGCCGUCCAUGUAUCGGGGUAGAGUCCAAAACUAUACCGUGUUUGGCCAGAUUGCGAACCGCUGCCCUCUUGCCCUUCUGAGACGAACGAACUGCGACGAGACAUUCAGUCUCUCUGACGUGGUCGGCAAGACGGUGUUGAUGAAAUCCAUCGGCGGUGCCAGUGUCGGUCUCUUCUUCAAGAUGCUGCUCCGUGAGAACGGCAUUGAUCCGAGAGAUCUUGACUUCAUACAGGAUCUCGACGGCGUGAUGCUUGGAAAUUUGUUCCAGGGCGGCAUGGGGGAUUUUUUUGUCACUGACAAUCUGUCUGCGAAGGCAAUGGUGGCAAAAAACCCCGACGUCUCGAUCGCAAUGGAGAUGGUCACGCAGGGCGAAGUGCCAUGGAGCGUCUACUACCGGGAAACGUCCACCGUUACGCCAGAGGUACUUGAUGCGCAGAGGCGCUUCUGCAUCGGGCUGGACAAGGGGAUCCAGUGGGUGCUUCAGCGCGAUGCAGACGAGUUCAGGGACGAACUUAUGGAGCUGUUCCCAAAGGUUGCCAUCGAUGUUGUCAUUGACGUGGUGAAUUCUUUCCGGCGAAAUAGCAUGUGGACUUCGGCCACCAUACCUCGAAAGGCCUUUAACCGAUGGCAGCGAGGUCUUACUGAUGCACGUUUCGUACAGAAACCACUAGAGUAUGAGGAUCUUGUGGACGAGGGACCGUCGAAAGACGCACAAACCAUGGUGUCAAUGGUGUCACUUCCCUAG